CGACAAAUCGAGCUCCGCCGGGCGGACUUUGCGCCCAUAGCGGUGCCUAUUUCCUACCAAGAAUAAUUACAUCUCUCGUAUAUGUUUAUUUUGUUUUGUAGUUCUUACAGAGAACUUAUACGCCGCAAACAUCAGCACUUAUCUUUGCAAAAGGCGCACCAAACAACGCCCAUUUAGUGCCAGUAAACGUCUAAGCGCAUCAUGGCCGCUGCAGAAAGCACAGGCACCAAGGCCAGCAGCACCAAAUCGUAAGCUACCAGCGCCGCGUUUUAUGCUACAUCAUGGACGCUAACAAGGUCAAAAGCAGGCAAGGCAUGGCAGCCCAGGGCCUGAAGCUAGUCAUCGCUAUUGCGUUUGCGGUUCCCGCUGCGCUAUUCGCCAUUGUUGGCCAUCCGUUUGGUGUUGGUAAGGGCUCUAAACACCACAACCUCCGCGGCAAUCUCUUUGUCAGUGUUCUGCGUGCGCUUCUGGCUAGCGGGAAAUGGGCCCCUGGCGCAUCCAUGACCAACAUGCAAAAGGUGACGGGUCUCGGUGCUGACAUUAAGGGCAAACGCUGGAUUGCGCCGUACACAGCGCCAGCACCCCCCGAGGACAGUUGCCGAGACGUCGUUAUGGGUGCUAUUGAACGCUUAAUGCCGGAUAAGAAGCACGCCCGUGCCACAACUGCGGCCGAGAUCGUGUCUGUGGAAGGAGAAUGGCAAGGAGUACGGCCCAAUGUCGACGACAACGAGCCGGAGCCCAAGAUUCCCGAUAGCGAAAAGUACCAACGCUUAGUAGAAGCAUGCACCACGAAGGCGACAACGUUGUACUUCCAUGGCGGCGGAUACCACUUUGGAGACCCUGGUACGCACCGCAAGACGACACUUAAACUGGCUGAACUGUCGGGUGGAAGAGUAUUUUCUGUGCGUUAUCGCCUUGCACCCCAGAAUGCCUUCCCUGCGGCUCUGAUUGAUGCGCUGGUGUCUUAUCUUACGUUACUCUACCCGCCUCCCGAUGCGCUACAUGAGCCAAUCAGCGCCCAAGACAUUGUCAUUUCUGGCGAUAGUGCUGGUGGCCAUCUGUCUGCAUGUUUAGUGCAAUUGCUCCUUGAGCUUCGCCGUAGCAAAACGACAGUCAAGUGGUAUGGCAAGCAGCGCGACAUCCCGUUGCCCGCUGGUCUUGCGCUCAACUCACCGUGGCUUGAUAUCGGGCUCCAUCUUGUGCAGUUGGGUGACCAGCAGAGGAUAAAGCACGAUUACCUUCGAGUUCCGGAUGCGAAGAAGAACUGGACAUAUCGCAUCGCCCAUGAGGCCGGGGUCUGGCCUCCGGUGGUGCCGAGAGAAAACCUGAUUGUUGAAGAUCACCUCCUCACUCAUCCCUUAGUGUCUCUCAUCACUGCCGACUGGGAGGGGUGUCCUCCGGUCUACGUGUGCACGGGUUGGGAAAUCCUGUCUGUUGAGGAUGCCUUCUUCGCCAAGAAACUUCACUCUAUCGGCGUCCCUAUCCAGUUCGAGGACUAUGAAGGCAUGCCUCACUGUUUUGGAAUGACGUUGAAGGGCAACGGAAGCGACAAGUGCCUGGCGUCGUGGUCUAAAUUCAUUAGAACUGCUGUCGAAAAUCCCGGAAGCAUCUCUUCUAGCGCAACUUGUAUUAAGGCAAAGUCGCUGGAGGAGAUUCCGCUGCAGUUUGAUGAGCUUUCGACAAUCUCACAGAAGCAGGCGGAGGCAGUCAUCUUUACGGAAUAGGCCACCCCCAUAAAACGAUAAAAGUAAAACGAAAAUAAAAUACAUCUCAUAUGUAAUACUACUCCAUUCCCUUUAAUAUAAUGAAUAAUAAAUACCUUGUAGAAUACGUGAUCCCA